CUUCUGACCACCACCACCACCAUCACCAUCAUGAAGCUACCACUCUUCGUUAUACCACUCUUUUCUGCCUCCUAUUACCCGCCGGAGACGACACAUAGUUCACCACGACCAUUGGUUCUUUGGCACGGCCUAGGCGAUUCAUACUCGUCUCCCGGGAUGGUGCAAUUUGCAUCUACGAUUCAAGAUAUCUACCCAGGAAUAUUCAUACACUCAAUCUACAUCGACGAACUUGAGGACAACGACCGCAAGGCCGGCUUUUACGGCAACGUGAAUGCUCAAAUUGAGCUUGUCUCCAACCAAUUGCGUGAUAUUCCCGAGUUGGCAGGCGGAUUUGAUGCGAUUGGCUUUUCUCAAGGCGGGCAGUUCCUGCGGGCAUAUGUGGAGCAGUACAACGACCCACCGGUCAACAACCUCAUAACGUUUGGCUCACAGCACAUGGGAAUAUCAGAUAUUCCUAUAUGCAGCGCUUGGGAUCUUCUAUGUCAAGUUGCCAGGCGUGCUACGAAAAGCGCAGUCUACAGCUCAUGGGCUCAGGAAAAUCUCGUCCAGGCCCAAUAUUUCCGAGAUCCCAAUAAUCUCCAGACGUACCUCUCUGCCAAUCAUUUCCUGACUUCCAUUAACAACGAACUCCCACCGGACGUUCAGCCACGGAACCAGACCUACGCUCAUAACUUAGCCUCCCUAAAUUCACUCGUUCUUGUCAUGUUCCUCCAGGACAAGACCGUCGUCCCGAAAGAAAGUUCUUGGUUUGCUAGCGAAGCACCUCCGGAUGGCAUGGGCCCGGAACAAGACGUCUUAUCGUUUUCCAGAGGCAAGAACAUCAUUCCCAUGAAGUUACAGCCUCUCUAUCAAGAAGACUGGAUAGGGCUGAGAACUCUUGAUGAACAAGGCGCUGUGGUAUUAGCCACCUGCGGUGGCGAGCACAUGCAAGUGGACCGAGCUUGCUGGGAACCUUUGGUGAAGGAGUUUGUGGGAGAAUUGAUUGACUGAUUCUUUUUUUUCAUAUCUUGCCCAGUGUAUUAUUUGUCGGUUUACCGUACUGUAUCCUCGAUGCAUUAUAACAAUACAUCAUUUUCAUCAUCAUGUAUUAUGCACCGAUUCCUCGACGUUCACGCGGAGGAUCGACACAAGUAAAG